AUGGAAGACGACGGAUUGAUUCUCAAUUUCGCCACAGAAGAUGCUCCUUCCGUUCCCCAGAAGGCCGCUAAGGUCACAGGAGGCACAUGGAAAGAACGAAGAAAUUUGAAGCUCAAACUCCAAGGAAGAGAGAGAAAACCCGGAUCUGGAGUGAAUAAUAUCGAAAUCGACAACAUCAGAACAGACAGAUUGAAAGAGAAGGCAGAGCAGAUGAUGGCCGAACAGUAUCCACAAAAGAAGUCGACGAAAACAGAAUUUCGCAAGAAGGACCGAAAACCAGCAGAAUCUGCAGAAGCCACCAAAAGGCCAUCGUCUGAGCCGAUGGGCAUCACAUCGAAGAAAGUCAAGUUUUCCGAAACCUCAGGUGAAAACGGAGGAAAGAACAACUCGUAUGUUUCGUCUUUGUUCACGUCCAAUAAAGGCAGCGAGAUUUUGAAAGAAUCCACCGGAAGCUUGACGUCCUAUUCUGCCUCGAAUGCACCACUUCAAGACGAUAGUACUUUUGCGGGCUUGGGCCUCAAUGACCGUCUUGUGACCCACUUGACGGGUCCGAUGCGCUACAUGGCGCCCACAAAAGUGCAAAGAGCCGUAAUUCCACAAAUGGUGAGAACACAAGAAGAUUUAUUUGUCAAGGCGCAAACGGGUUCGGGAAAAACCCUUGCGUUUGUUCUUCCUAUUAUCCACCGGUUGAUGUCCGAGUCGGAAACGAUCAGCAGGAAAAGCGGGUUGUUUGCCUUGAUUCUUACGCCUACACGUGAAUUGGCGUCGCAGAUAUAUUCUGUUUUGGAGUCGCUUCUACGCUGCCAUCACCACAUCGUGCCGGGCAUUGUGGUGGGUGGAGAAAAGAAAAAAUCAGAAAAGGCCCGUAUCAGAAAGGGUGUCAACGUGUUGGUUGCAACGCCAGGCCGUUUGGCUGACCAUUUGGAAAAUACAGAAUCGUUGGACGUUUCCCAAGUAAGAUGGCUUGUGUUGGACGAGGGUGAUCGUCUUGUGGAGUUGGGUUUCCACGAAACCAUCUCCAAAAUCACGGAUCAACUUGCACGUACUUCCAAAGCAAUGGAUACUAUGCACAAAUGGCCCGGCUUGCCUACUCGCCGAGUCAAUGUCUUGUGUUCGGCCACCAUGCCUGAGGACGUUAAAAAAUUGGGAAGCACAGUCUUGAACAACCCGCAAAUGAUUUCCGUCGAUCGUGAAGACACUUCAAAUACCAAUGCAACUGCCCCAGACCAGCUUGUGCAAAAGGUGAUGGUGGUUCCACCAAAGUUGAGACUUGUCACCUUGAGUGCUGUUUUGAAGAACAUCAGCCACAAGAGGGACGGCGCUACACGUACGAUUGUUUUUUUCUCGUGCUCCGACUCUGUCAAUUUCCACUUCGAAGUGUUUUCACGCGGAGGCUCGCCGAUUUCUCGUAAACGCAAAGAGUCAGACGAAGAGAAGAAAGGAGACGACAAAGAAGAGGAGCAAAAGACCGAGAGCUGCGCAUCUUCGGCUCCGCAGAUCGCCGACAAGACUGCGAUUUUCCGUUUGCAUGGCUCCUUGUCUCAACAGUUGCGGACGUCUACACUCCAGCAAUUUACAGAAGAAAAUGGCGAGAAUGAGGGAAAGCAUCUUAUUCUCUUUUGCACAGAUGUGGCUUCGAGAGGUUUGGACUUGCCAAAUAUUGCGCAUGUCGUGGAAUACGAUCCUCCUUUUGCGAUCGACGAUCAUUUGCACAGAAUCGGCCGUUCCGCCAGAGUUGGUAAAAAAGGUGAGGCCAUUUUGUUCCUCUUACCAGGAGAAGAGGAAGGAUAUGUCGAGGGAAAGCUUCGUGUGGUCCACCCGAAACAGGGAAGCUUGCGGAUCACGAAUUAUGAGAAGGUGCUUCAAGAAGCGUUUGCUGAAGACUCUGAACCCGUCACCAAAACCGAUGCCAAGGCCAAGCAGGGCAAGUGGGAUAUCCAUGCUACAACAUGGCACUUGGAGGUGGAAAGAUGGCUUUUGGAAGAUUCUGGUGCUCUUGAAAGAGCGCUGCAUGCAUUUGUGUCUCACAUCAGAGCGUAUGCUACGCAUUUGUCGUCUGAGAGAAGUUUCUUCAAUGUGAAGUUGUUGCACUUGGGACACUUGGCCAAGGCGUUUGGUUUGCGUGAAACCCCAAAGAAACUUGGCCGUUCCAGUGGUCAGAGUGACGCUCCGGCGAAAAAGAAGGAAGAUCCACGGAAGAAGAUGUUGCGUAUGGCAAGAAUGGCUGAAAAGGCAUCGUCUUCCGAAUUUAAUUACUAG